AUGGCGAGCAGGUCGAUCCUCUUCGCAGCACUACUCUUCUUUGUCGUCGAGAGUAGAAGAGCGUCAGGGUCUUGCGUCAACAUGUCAUUGUUUUCGACGCAAUUGGACCUCAUGCUGGCGGAGUACGACCGCGCGGAGCUGCCUCCAGGACCCAUCCACGUUAAAGCGGCGUUAGAUGUGCACCACGCCACCAUCGACGACACCACUGCGACCGUGCGGCUACUGGCUGCUAUGCACUUGAGCUGGGAGGACAAGCGCUUAUCCUGGAAUGCCACGACAUGGGGCUGCCACAACAGCAUGACCUCGUCGGAGAAGCUGUGGCUGCCGGACGUCAACGCGCUGAACGCCGUCACCAGCGGCAACGCGGCGGGCGUGGGGCUCCGCGCCAGGCUCAGCAGCGACGGCCGCGUGUCGUGGGUGCUGCGCUUCGACCUCACGUCGCCGCUCAGCCUGCAGCUGGACGCGUGGCCCCGGGACGUGCAGCACGCCGUCUUCAAGUUCGGCUCGCGGCACCACGGGGCGGCGUACAAUUUGAGUGUGGAGGAUUUGACGCACGAUCUGACAGUGUUCGAGUCCGGCACUUGGGAGCUGACGGAGGUGACGAGCUCGGAGAGCGUGUGGCGCGGCGGCGACGUGCUGGGCUGGACCGUGUCGCUGCGGCGGCGCGCGGCGGCGCACGCGCUGGCGGGCGGCAGCGUGCUGGCGGCCGCCGUGCUGCUGCUGCUGGGCGCCGCGCUGCUGCCGCCCGCCGCGCGCCCGCCGCUGUGCGCCGCCGCCGCAUUCACUGCUGCUCUGUGGCUGGUGGCGGCGCUGGCGCGCCUGCCGGCCGCGUCGUCGGCACCGCUGCGCAUGCGCGUGCUGAGCGCGGCGUGCGCCUGCGCAGCGCUGCUGGGCGCGGGCGCGGCGCUGGCGCAGCGCGUUGCGGCGUGCGCGGCGCCGCCCCCGCCCGCCCUGCGCGCGCUCGUGACCAGCGCGUCGGGCCUGUGCCAGCUCGCGCCGCCGCAUGUACCUUCCCUUCUAUUCUUCUUGAUUAUUGCUUACGAGCAAAUCAACGAAUUGAGGCACCAUUGCGUCGGUGCUGUAGACUAUGUAGUUUCUAAUAAUUCUCCCGGCGAGUCUAAAGCUCCGAGCUGGUACUUGUUGCAGGGCAGCGCUGCGGAGUGGAGCGCGUGGGCGGCCGCCGCGCAGCUGCUGGACCGCCUGCUGCUGGCCGCCGUGCUGUUCGCGCUGUUUGUGCUCGUGUGCAUGUUCGCCAGCGCGUAGCGAGGCUGGCCGCCGGGCUCGGGGCUAAGCUCAGCCUUCCCCGGCUCGCCCAGUGUCCGGCCCACCCGCCAACGACGACUAAGGAAAACUACUACAAUGGCGACUACAUUUAAGGAGUACUUACCGACUCACGGAAAUUACAAUAUACCUGGCAUCUGCUUAGUAUGUUUCCAAGAAUAGAUAGAUAUUUGACGUAGAUGUAGUUAGCGGAAACUUAAAAAGCAAAAUACAAUUUAAGAAUUAUAUUGCUGAAUAAGCAUGUA